CUCUGGUCUCACGAAGGGUUUCCCGCCUCGCACCCCCACCUCUGGACGUGCUUUUCCCUCCUCCCCGCGUGCGGAGGGAGCCAGCGCUUAGGCCGGAGCGAGCCUGGGGGCCGCCGGCCGCGAAGGCAUCUCGGGCACAGAUUCGCCAUGGAAGGCGCCGGCGGCGCGAACGACAAGAAAAAAAUAAGUUCUGAACGUCGAAAAGAGAAGUCUAGAGAUGCAGCCAGAUCUCGACGAAGUAAAGAGUCUGAAGUUUUUUAUGAGCUUGCUCAUCAGUUGCCACUUCCCCAUAAUGUGAGCUCACAUCUUGAUAAGGCUUCUGUUAUGAGGCUUACCAUCAGCUAUUUGCGUGUGAGGAAACUUCUAGAUGCUGGUGAUUUGGAUAUUGAAGAUGAAAUGAAGGCACAGAUGAAUUGUUUUUAUUUGAAAGCCUUGGAUGGUUUUGUUAUGGUACUCACAGAUGAUGGUGACAUGAUUUAUAUUUCUGAUAAUGUGAACAAAUACAUGGGAUUAACUCAGUUUGAACUAACUGGACACAGUGUGUUUGAUUUUACUCAUCCGUGCGACCAUGAGGAAAUGAGAGAAAUGCUUACACACAGAAAUGGCCUUGUGAAAAAGGGUAAAGAGCAAAAUACACAGCGGAGCUUUUUUCUCAGAAUGAAGUGUACCUUAACUAGCAGGGGGAGAACUAUGAACAUAAAGUCUGCAACAUGGAAAGUACUUCACUGCACAGGUCAUAUUCAUGUAUAUGAUACCAACAAUAACCAGUCUCAGUGUGGGUAUAAGAAACCACCUAUGACGUGCUUGGUGCUGAUUUGUGAACCCAUUCCUCAUCCAUCAAAUAUUGAAAUUCCUUUAGAUAGCAAGACAUUUCUCAGUCGUCACAGUCUGGAUAUGAAAUUUUCUUAUUGUGAUGAAAGAAUUACUGAAUUAAUGGGAUAUGAGCCAGAAGAACUUCUGGGCCGCUCAAUUUAUGAAUAUUAUCAUGCUUUGGACUCUGAUCAUCUGACCAAAACUCAUCAUGAUAUGUUUACUAAAGGACAAGUCACCACAGGACAGUACAGGAUGCUUGCCAAAAGAGGUGGAUAUGUCUGGGUUGAAACUCAAGCAACUGUCAUAUAUAACACUAAGAACUCUCAACCACAGUGCAUUGUAUGUGUAAAUUAUGUCGUGAGUGGUAUUAUACAGCACGACUUGAUUUUCUCCCUUCAACAAACAGAAUGUGUCCUCAAACCAGUUGAAUCUUCAGACAUGAAAAUGACUCAGCUAUUUACCAAAGUUGAAUCAGAAGAUACAAGUAGCCUCUUUGAUAAACUUAAGAAGGAACCUGAUGCUUUAACUUUGUUGGCCCCAGCUGCUGGAGACACAAUCAUAUCUUUAGAUUUUGGCAGCAAUGACACAGAAACUGAUGAUCAACAACUUGAGGAAGUUCCAUUGUAUAAUGAUGUAAUGCUCCCCUCAUCCAAUGAAAAAAUGCAGAACAUAAAUUUGGCAAUGUCUCCAUUGCCUGCCUCUGAAACUCCAAAGCCACUUAGAAGUACUAGUGCUGACCCUGCACUCAAUCAGGAAGUUGCAUUAAAGUUAGAACCAAAUCCAGAGUCCCUGGAACUUUCUUUUACCAUGCCCCAGAUUCAAGAUCAGCCAGCUAGUCCUUCUGAUGGAAGCACUAGACAGAGUUCACCUGAGCCUAACAGUCCCAGUGAAUAUUGUUUUGAUGUGGAUAGUGAUAUGGUCAAUGAAUUCAAGUUGGAAUUGGUAGAGAAACUUUUUGCUGAAGACACAGAGGCAAAGAAUCCAUUUUCUACUCAGGACACUGAUUUAGACUUGGAGAUGUUAGCUCCUUAUAUCCCAAUGGAUGAUGACUUCCAGUUACGUUCCUUCGAUCAGUUGUCACCAUUGGAAAGCAGUUCUACAAGUCCUCAGAGUGCGAGCACAAUUACAGUAUUCCAGCCCACUCCAAUGCCAGAACCUCCUGUAACCACCACCACUCCAGCUGCCACCACUGACGAAUUAAAAACAGUGGCAAAAGAUGGUAUGGAAGACAUUAAAAUACUGAUUGCAUUUCCAUCUCCUCCCCACGUACAUAAAGAAACUACUUGUGCUACAACAUCACCAUACAGUGAUACUGGAAGUCGGACAGCCUCACCAAACAGAGCAGGAAAAGGAGUCAUAGAACAGACAGAAAAAUCUCAUCCAAGAAGUCCUAAUGUGUUAUCUGUCGCUUUGAGUCAAAGAACUACUGUUCCUGAGGAAGAACUAAAUCCAAAGAUAAUUGCUUUUCAGAAUGCUCAGAGAAAGCGAAAAAUAGAACAUGAUGGGUCACUUUUUCAAGCAGUAGGAAUUGGAACAUUAUUACAGCAGCCAGAUGAUCGUGCAACUACUACAUCACUUUCUUGGAAACGUGUAAAAGGAUGCAAAUCUAGUGAACAGAAUGGAACGGAGCAAAAGACAAUUAUUUUAAUACCCUCUGACUUAGCCUGUAGACUCCUGGGGCAAUCAAUGGAUGAGAGUGGAUUACCACAGCUGACCAGUUAUGAUUGUGAAGUUAAUGCUCCUAUACAAGGCAGCAGAAACCUACUACAGGGUGAAGAAUUACUCAGAGCUUUGGAUCAAGUUAACUGAGUUUUUUCAUAAUCUCAUUCCUUUUUUUGGACACUGGUGGCUCAUUACCUAAAGCAGUCUAUUUAUAUUUUCUAUAUCUAAUUUUAGAAGCCUGGCUACAAAUACUGCACAAACUCUAUUAGUUCAAUUUUGAUCCCCUUUCUACUUAAUUUACAUUAAUGCUCUUUUUUAGUAUGUUCUUUAUUGCCAGAUCACAGACAGCACAUUCACGGUUCUUUGGUAUUUAAACCAUUGCAU